AUGGUUAUCUCAGCCGGGAGUCAACUGAAAAGUUCGAGGGGUUCCGGUCCUGAUGGUAUUCCGUCCUUGGUCCUGAAACGCUGCUUGAUUGCUCUAGCAACACCUCUAGCCAAUACUUUCAAUCUCUCCCUGAGGUCGGGUGACUUCCCAUCCUGCUGGAAGGAAUCUUACGUUUUUCCGAUUCACAAAAAGGGUUGCAAAAGGACUGUAUCGAACUAUCGUGGAAUAGUCGCUUUAAGUGCUACGUCGAAGCUUCUCGAGCCAAUUAUUCUCGAAGAAUUGGUUCAAAACUUCGCUCACUGCAUUUCGAUGGACCAGCAUGGUUUCAUGUCCAAGUGCUCAACAACUACCAAUUUAGUACAGUUCACUUCCUACAUCAUCCGUGAAAUUGUGCAAGAGCAUCAUGUAGAUGCUAUAUACAGACCUCUCUGCAGCAUUCGAUAA